AUGCAGCUAGUCGACUGGCUAGAUGACCUGUGUGUCCGCUUCAUCAUCAACCUCCCCCAAGAAGAACUCGAGAGCGUCGCCCGAAUCUGCUUCCAGGUCGAAGAGGCCCAAUGGUUCUAUGAGGAUUUCAUCCGUCCCACCGACCCCUCUCUACCCUCGCUCAACCUAAGGGACUUUUGUCUUCGCAUCUUCCAACACUGCCCCCUCCUGUCCACCUUCUCCGACUCUCAGCACACCGCCGCCUAUCAAGAGUUCCUCGCCUACAAGACCCGCGUCCCCGUCAGAGGCGCCAUCCUGCUCAACCAUGACAUGGAUCAGGUAGUCCUUGUCAAGGGCUGGAAAAAGAGUGCUACAUGGAGUUUCCCUCGUGGAAAGAUCAACAAGGACGAGCCAGAUCUUGACUGCGCCAUCCGUGAGGUCUGGGAAGAGACGGGCUAUGACAUUGCUGCUGCUGGUCUUGCCAGUGACGACCAGAAAUACAUCGACGUGACGAUGCGUGAACAGCAUUUGCGAAUGUUUGUCUUCCGCGGUGUCCCCCUCGACACCCAUUUUGAACCAAAGACCCGCAAGGAGAUUAGCAAAAUUGCUUGGUACCGCUUGACUGAUCUGCCAUCAUACACCAACAAGAGACAGAACAACCGUGUCAUCUCUCAUCACCAAGACCCCAACGCUGACCAGGGUACUGUAAGCGCCAACAAACUAUACAUGGUUGCACCCUUCUUGCCUCCGUUGAAGAAGUGGAUCAACCAGCAAAAGAAA